GGCUGGGUGGUUGAGCUACUGCAGCUACUGCUGUUUCUGCUGCUGCUGCACACCUCGCCUUUACUCUGCAACUUACCGACAGCUCCGCGCCGGGGAUAUCCCAAACUGUUGUACCAGCCGUCAAAGCGAGGAAUCUCCCAGGUUAUUUCACACUGGGAAUCUAUACCGUACACAUUUAGACAGCGUUUCUUACUUGCAUUUAAAAAACUAACACGUUUAAGUGACUCUCGGGUGACUAAGUACAGCUGUUGUCUACUUACCUUCGCUGGCAAUGAGCACCAGGCCAGCCACUGCGCACACACUCCAGAUCCAUUUACGCAAAUGCAUUGAUGCGAGAGAUGCUCCUAAGCUCAGUCUCCAACCAAGAAGACUGAAGGACUUUUGAAAAGUGAAGGAACAAGGUAAAGUAUUCCAGUAAAGGGCAUCCUCCUACUCAGAGACACAAAAGGGACCUCUGGUAUAAAAGAAGUGUAUGUUCCCUCAACAUUCACACUUCACUUCUCUUCUUCUUCACCACUCCUCAUCCUUUAAGGAACAGCCUCAGCUGUGUCCGUGAGAUCAGCCGAGCCGAGAUGACUUUCUACGAUGACAUUUACCCAUUCUACCCUCUACAAAGGACUUCCUUCAUCUUCAAUGGCAGCUUACUCACCAUUAUUCUGGUCUUCCUUGUGCUAGCAGCCAGUCUCCUUCUCAUUCUGCCAGGGAUACGAGGGAAGUCGCGGAUGUUCUGGAUGUUCAGAAUAAUUAUCAGCUUGUUCAUAGGGGCGGUGAUAGUGGCGCUCAACUUCACUAACGACUGGGCUGAGGCCAGGACGACCGCUAAUGCCACCUACAAGUCUUUCAGCAACGUAGUGGUUAAUGCUGACAUCGGUCUGCACAUAGGACUGUAUGGCAUCAAUGUUACACUAAAAGGGAAUCCUGUGGUACAGUUCAAUGAGACCAUUGACUACAAUGAGAUGUUCAGCUUGCACGACACUAUAGAGGAAGAGUAUGAGGAGGCUCUGGAGAAAGGUUUACCCAACCCCAUCCUGUAUAUUGCAGAGAAGUUCACCCAGAGCAGCCCAUGUGGUCUCAUCUUUCAGUACAGAUACUCUGGACGAUACGCUUCUGCAACCCUCUGGACUGCCUUUUGCUGCUGGAUGCUCGCCAACAUCCUCUUCUCCAUGCCGGUCAUCCUGUACGCCGGGUACAUGAUGAUAGCCACCGCUGCUUUCAUUUUCUUCUCCAUGGCCUCCUUCUCCACCAUCAUGAAUGUGCCUCAGUGCAUUUUCUCCGUGGGAACUGACUCGUUUGAAACGGCGUACAGCCACUCGUUCUGGUUGGCCCUGGCUACAGGUGUGCUGUGCAGCGUCAUCGGGAUUCUCGUGGUGACGUUUAACCUUCUGAUACCAGAGAAGAUGAAAGCGGCUUUCAGCGUCGGUGUUGACAGCUAUGAAGAUGACUCCGUUUCUUAUGGCGAAGGCCACCUGAAUUCAGUUUUUCUCGAUGGAGUGAUAAUUACACCGCUGACUUCGAAAACUAUGACGGCACACCUAUGAAGACGUCCAGAUUUCCCUCAGGGAGCUUUUCCACUUGAUACUUGAAGAUGUUUUUUUUUUUGUUUUUUUUGUUUUUUUGUAGAAUAUGUUACAGUUUCUGAUUUGACACCUAUUUUAAUGAUCUAUGUGAGCCUGUGUGAGUAAACUGUAAAUAGUAGAGAUUUGUAAAGUUCAUUGUCAUGUUGAAGCAGCUGUAAAUACAUUACAAUUUACAUGGGAUCCAUACACUGUGAAUAUAAUAUAAACCGAUCACUAUGGACGUCAGGCCUCUUGUUGCACAUCUGAAAUGAAACGCCAUGAUUGCUGUCUGGUAUCAGUGGUUGUUU